CUCCUUCACUGAGCUUCUACCGCAGCGUGUGUGUGACAACCUGCAGGACGCUCUCUGCGCACGGGUUUGGUCAGACGAGUGUGUGUUCAGCUCUGAACAGGUAGGAAUGAUGUUUCUCCUUCUAUCCUUCAUCCUUUGGUUGUAAUGCAACUUUUUGGGCUCAACUACUGGACUCAAAAUCCAACUGCCGGUUCUGAGAGGGCCUGGAGGCCUCUAUCAUCAGAUCCGGAAGUGUGUACCUCCUCACAUGUUAUUCCCACCGUUUCUUAAAACUUUCUUGCAGCAUCAGUUAUUCCCAUUCUUUCAGACCUCCUCUCUCCAUCAGCAGCACCGAAACUGAUUCUCGUAAUCACCUGAUCCAAUAAUCACUGACACUGACUAUUCAAAUGUUUAGAUUUCUUUGAGCCCCAGGUAGUGAUUCUUGCCUUUUUAUGUCAGACCAUAAGUUUAAAAACUAAAUAUAUUAUGUUUAUUUAAAGAUAUGAAGUGUCACAGUUUAGAGCCUGAAAUAACAAAGAUGUAUGAAUUCGUUGCUGCGAAACUGUCGCGUAAAGAUUCUUCACACAAUCCAAAAGGCCCAAGGUCAUUUCUUCAGACGACUUGUGUUUUCGUUCAACCUGCAUGAAAACAUCUAAUUGUCACGUGUGAGAAGUUUGAAACCUGCUCUUUUGACAUCCCAUCGCUGCAGAAUAAAUCACAUGGAUUAUAAAAAGUGCUCCUUCUCCACACACACACCCUGCCUCCUGUGACGGGACUCGGGGGCUUUUCUCUCGGGGUGGGGGUGCAGACGGCGAGCAGCAGACCCUGCAGGACGUCGCUCACGGCAUCAGAGAGCGGCGGUACGGGAGGGUCGUGGUGAUGGCCGGAGCCGGGAUCAGCACGCCCAGCGGCAUCCCAGAUUUCAGGUCUCCAGGCAGCGGUCUCUAUGACAACCUGCAGCAGUACGACCUGCCGUACGCGGAGGCCAUCUUUGAGAUCAACUUCUUCCAUCACAACCCCAAACCGUUCUUCGCUCUGGCCAAAGAGCUGUACCCCGGAAACUAUCGUCCCAACCUGACGCAUUACUUUGUGCGUCUGCUUCACGAGAAAGGUCAGCUGGUCAGGAUGUACACGCAGAACAUCGACGGCCUGGAGAGACUGUCAGGGAUUCCUCCGGAGAUGUUGGUGGAGGCUCAUGGGACGUUUUCCACGGCGACCUGCACCGUCUGCAGGAGGAAAUACGAGGGGGAGGAGCUACGACCAGAUGUGAUGAGCGGGACGGUCCCGAGGUGUCCCACCUGUACAGGUGUGCUGAAGCCUGACAUCGUGUUCUUCGGGGAGGAGCUUCCUACUCACUUUUUUAAACACCUGACGGACUUUCCCCUGGCAGACCUGCUCAUCGUCAUGGGAACGUCACUGGAGGUGGAGCCCUUUGCCAGUCUAGCGGGAGCGGUGCGGAGCUCCGUCCCCCGCCUGCUCAUCAACAGGGACCUGGUGGGUCCGUUUGCGUGGCGGGGGCGGCCUCAGGACGUCGUUGAGCUGGGUGACGUCGUCAGUGGUGUCCAGGCUCUGGUGGACGCCCUCGGGUGGAGUCAGGAGAUCGAGGCUCUGAUGGCCGCCGGAGCUCAGACUGAUGCAACGAAACCAGAAGAGUGACUGAAUCUCUGCGUCAGCCUGGAGCCCCGACUUCAUUCACUGCAAUAAUCAAUGCUGAGAGGCGGACUGGUGGACUUUGUGAACAUGUUCCUCCGUCACUGAUCACUGAGGACGUAAACUCUGCUCGUUUUCAAACCUCCGAUCAAAGGCAGCAGGACGGACAUAAACCACAAAGUACAGCUCCCUGCUGCGUUUUUAUGAAUGAAGAAGGGUCAACAGGCGGAUUUAUUAUAAAUAGGAAUUACUGCAUACAGACUCUGUCAGAGUGUUUCAUGGGGGUUAGUCUAAAAACAUGCAAAGCCUUUUCUUUAAAGAGACAGCUGCUCGAACUGAUGCCUCUAAACUAAAUGUAGUUUUUUAACCAGCAGGGGGAGCCAGAGGCCUGAAGCCUCAGUUCUCUAUUUGGAUGAUUGUCUCUAACUUUGAACUCCAUAAAAACAUGAUAUAUAAAUAUAAAUAAACAUAAGGCACUAACUUA